CGUGACGUCACAGGCGGGCGUGUAAUGGCCGCUGUGUCAGACGCAGCGCUGGACACCAUGAAGACUUUUCAGUCCGGAUACGAAAAGAUCGACCGAGAAAUGAGUCGCUAUCCGUUCUGUAUCGUGUGGACUCCCAUCCCCGGGCUGACAUGGUUUCUGCCAUUUAUUGGUCACAUGGGAAUUUGUACCUCUACAGGAGUGAUCAGAGACUUUGCAGGCCCUUACUUUGUGUCUGAGGACAACAUGGCAUUUGGAAAACCAACAAAGUUCUGGAAAUUGGAUAAGAAUAAAGUGUAUGGUGGAGGUCAGAGUGCGUGGGACACUGCAGUACACGAUGCCUCAGAGGAAUACAAACACAGAAUGCACAAUCUCUGCUGUGAUAAUUGUCACUCUCACGUUGCCAUGGCGCUGAAUCUGAUGCAUUAUGACAACAGCACGUCGUGGAACAUGGUCAAGCUGUGUGUCCUGUGCUUCAUCUACAGCAAACACGUCAGCUUUGUUGGCUUUCUGAAGACAUGGCUGCCCUUCCUGAUGAUCUGUGGCAUUAUUGUCACUGUCACACUCGCCUUCAAAUUGGACCACAGCGGCUAACACCUCAGAGGGAUCUCACUUACCAUCAGAGGGUGCUGCAGGGUAACAGAACACACACACAGAACACUAUGAGGUGUGUGUGUGUGUGUGUAAAUAUCACAUUCAGGGGCAUCCAUACGAACAUCACUGUAAGUUCAUGGCUGUGUCCCAAAUGCUGUGUGUAAAGGAGUGUGUUUAUUUCCCAAAAUGCACUGCGAGUAAUAUUAUAAAGUUCUGUUGUCUGCAACACAGAGAUUUAGUGUCUCUGUGGGUUUUUUCACCACACACAGACAGGGUGGUGUUAAUAAAGCCUUAGAGUAACUGUAUUAAGACCACUUCAUCACACACCAGCGUUAGGGACGCAGCCGGAAAGUGUGACUGCACCGGGAGACUUUUGUUAGUGUAUUUUUUUCCCCCAAUAUAAUAUUACAAAGGGCCAAAAACAUGUCCAUGAUCUUUUAUUUAAAUUUGUUUCAUUCUCUGUCUGUAAUGAUUUAGUUCUGAUUAUAGAAGAAUUGUAAUGAAUUUCAUGAACACUGAGAGUAGAGAUUUAUUUUUAUGUGACAAGUGCACUGACAACAACUUCAGAUGUUUUACACAGACAUUUGUUUUUCAUGAGCCACAGUAAACCUCAGAGUUUAGCAGUGAUGCACGACUGCUGAUCAUCACAACAUUCAGCUCAUUUCUACACUUGUUAUUAAUCUGUCUCAUUCUUAUGCUUUACUAAUCUGUCAUGACUUAGCCGUGUCAUAUGUACAUCUCUGUGUGGUGUAGGAUGUUGGAUGGAAUACAGAAUUCUUUCUCUUUUCUAUAUUUUUCAUUUAAUUCUUUAAAAAAAUGUAAAAUUUAAAGUUUGUCAAACUUUUAUAUACUGUGUGUUUGAGUUGAAAUACACUAUCACUGAAA